AACGAGCGAAGGCACAAGAAAAAUAGUAACACGCCAUCUGCUAGGGCUCGAUCCGCCGCUCGCCACAGGAGGAUUACUACAUCGGUUUCUCUUCGGAAGUCUAAUCCAUGGCGGUCGCGCUGCGACCUCUCUCCAUCUCUUCUCCAUUUGACGAUGUCUCCCUCGCACCCGGAAGAGGAGCCUCUCGUGAACUAGGUCUUCGAUCUGGUGUCCCCAAGAGCUCAUUUUUAGCCCCCUUCAAGCUAUCGGCGAGGUCCCCUCAUUCUCUCGCCACAGCUUCGAGGAAGAAGGCGGCCUGGAGAUGCGAGUCACGGUCUUCUGGCAGCUAUGAGCACAUACCCAAACAAUUUCGGGAGGAAAACCUCAAGAAGGGAUUGAUGGACAAUUAUAAGAACAUUCCUAAGCACCUAUAUGGCCUUACUGCUUCACAAAUGGACAUGUUCAUGACUGAAGAUAACCCCGUGAGGCGGCAAGCAGAAAAAGUUACAGAGGAAAGCAUUUCUUCUGCAAGAAAUUACCUUGAUAAUGGAGGGAUGUAUAGCUUAACAGGCAUUAAUGAUGGCCCAUCAAAGUACAGUAUGAGUGUAAGUAUGUAUCGUGGUGGUGCUCGAGGAUAUGGAAGGCCAAGAUCUGCUCCUCCAGAUUUGCCUUCUUUGCUCUUGGAUGCUCGAAUUGUAUACCUUGGAAUGCCAAUAGUUCCUGCUGUCACCGAGCUUCUUGUUGCUCAGCUGAUGUGGUUAGAUUAUGAUAACCCCUCCAAACCUAUAUACCUAUACAUCAAUUCACCUGGGACUCAAAAUGAGAAUAAGGAGACUGUUGCAUCCGAAACUGAGGCUUAUGCAAUUGCUGAUAUGAUGGCUUACUGCAAAUCCAAAGUCUAUACAGUAAACUGUGGCAUGGCAUAUGGUCAGGCUGCAAUGCUUUUAUCUCUGGGUGCCAAGGGCUAUCGGGCUCUGCAGCCAAAUGCCUCCACCAAAUUGUAUCUUCCAAAGGUGAACAAAUCUAGUGGUGCGGCUAUUGACAUGUGGAUCAAGGCAAAAGAGCUUGAUGCCAACACCGACUAUUACAUAGAGCUGUUAGCUAAAGGAAUUGGUAAACCAAAGGAAGAGAUUUCAAAGGACAUCCAGCGACCAAAAUAUUUCCAGGCGCAAGAUGCUAUUGCCUAUGGAAUCGCAGACAAGAUCAUUGACUCGCGAGAUGCGGCAUUUGAGAAACGGAACUACGAUGAGAUGCUAGCACAAUCGAAAGCCAUGAGAAGGGCAGCUGGAGCUGGUCCACAAGCAGCACCAUCUGGGUUUAGGUAGAUAUUUGAACUGAUCAGCAAAUAAAUAACUUUAGUACCUCAUAAUUUUCUGGCUGAAAACAUACAUGUUGAUGCUACUGCCAGAAAAGUAGUGCUUGUUUUUGAAGGUGUGCUGUGCAUUGGGCAUAUAAAGGUCUAAAUAUUUUAGUUACUCUUGCCCAUGUUCAAGCACAAGUGUGAUGCUUUAAGAUGAAUCUAUCCUAUAAUAGUUUACCAUUUUGUCUGCAA